CACGUGCCGGGCCGGGCGGCGUCCUCCCCCGUCCCGAGUAUUUGCACAAUAUUUGUGCGCGGCGCAGGGGGCAGGUUUUGUAAAAGUCGUUUCCUCUCUCGCGGACAAGCACAGGGAUCUCAUUCUUCUCGGGUUCUGGGGGGCUUGUCCGUGUCCCCUCCCCCGUCUGCAGCCCCUCCCUGGCCCCCCCCCUCUGGAGGAGCCAUGGCUCGCAUGAACCGGCCGGCCCCCGUGGAGGUGAGCUACAAGAACAUGCGCUUCCUUAUCACGCACAACCCCACCAACGCCACUCUCAGCACCUUCAUCGAGGACCUGAAGAAGUACGGGGCCACCACUGUGGUGCGCGUGUGUGAGGUGACCUACGACAAGGCCCCCCUGGAGAAGGAUGGCAUCACCGUCGUGGACUGGCCGUUCGAUGACGGGGCGCCCCCUCCCGGCAAAGUGGUGGAGGACUGGCUGAGCCUGCUGAAGGCCAAGUUCUGCGAUGACCCUGGCAGCUGCGUGGCUGUGCACUGCGUGGCUGGCCUGGGACGGGCUCCGGUCCUUGUGGCACUGGCCCUCAUAGAGAGUGGGAUGAAGUACGAAGACGCCAUCCAGUUCAUCCGACAGAAGCGCCGCGGAGCCAUCAAUAGCAAACAGCUCACCUACCUGGAGAAAUACCGGCCUAAACAGAGACUGCGGUUCAAAGACCCGCACACGCACAAGACCAAAUGCUGUGUCAUGUAGCUCAGGACCUCAGCCCACAGGGCCACCCGGCCCCGCCCCGGCUGGCCUGCCCCUCGCCUG